AUGUGUUGCGUUGAGGGUUUUCGUGCACGUACUAUUUAUAGGAUCAUCUGGGAUCUGAUCAAAGAGAAGCUCAUCUUACCCUUCGUCGACCUAGACCUUCAUUCAUUCGAUUUGGGAAUUGAAAACAGGGACGCCACUGAUGAUCAGGUCACCAUUGAUGCUGCCAAAGCCACCUUGAAGUACAAUGUAGCCGUCAAAUGUGCCACAAUCACUCCUGACGAAGCUCGAGUUGAAGGUGAGCUAAGAACACUGUUGGAAAUUUUGCUGUGA